AUGCUCCGUUUGCGGGUGAAGUCCGCCAGGCUACUUCUUCUUCUGGGCUUUGUGUUAGCGCGACUAACAGUGGGUUUAACACAAGGUAACGACGAAUUGCUGAUAAGGGACGAUGACAAUACCAUCAGGGUCACCCAAGAAAACUACCAUGCGUUGAGUAGGGGAACUGGGGAAUAUUAUAGCGUUCUUUUUAUUACGAUGAGGUCAACGCAGAACGAUGUUCCGGACUGUCAAUUAUGCCAUGAUUUUGAAGAAAUCUAUCGUGAAGUGUCGAGGACAAUUGGGAUCCAAUCGCCAAACGCCAAUGUCCUGUUUUAUAUUGCAGAUGUACAUGAAGUUUCCGAUCUCGUUAAUGACCUGCAGCUGAAGAAUGUGCCGCAUGUAGUGGUUUACAAUCCACCAACAACGGAUGCGCCGUUCUCAUGGUCCGAGGCUCCGUUUUAUCAGUACCAAUUCACCAGUAAGAGCUCCGAAGACCAUUUACAUUUUGCCAGUUUUAUGGCCGAGACGUUACAUGUGUAUAUUCAAUUGGAGGAAGGAUUUGAUAUACGAGAGUUUUUUGCCUACUUUUGUGUGUUCAUUGUCCUCUUCGUGGGAAUUAAGAAAGGUAUCUUUCCGAAAUUGAGGAGUAAGACCAAGGUAGGAGUUAUGCUGAUGUGUUUUACUGUUAUGAUACUCAGUAUAUGUGGGUACAAAUUCACUCAGAUUAACAACAUACCGUUACUGGCUAGAAAUGAGGAAGGGCAAAUCAUGUUUUUCAGUGGGGGGAUGGGAUGGCAAUUUGGGAUUGAAAUAUUCACGGUGGGACUCAUGUACAUCGUGAUGUCCAGCCUGGUCUUGGGGUUAAUAUACUUGAACAAUUGGCAUACAAUGGCCAACAAUCUUGGGCAUGUGAUAGCCGCCAUUACGGCCGUUGUAUUAUUUUACAUGUUCCGAUAUUACGUUAGUUGUUAUCGUAUCAAACAAGCUGAUUAUCCGUUCUGA